CAACUUUGCUUAUAUCAGGAGUUCUCAAUCUUUGUGCUGUAAGUUAUGAUCGAUUGACGGCUAUAGUUUUACCUCAAGAAACACGCCUGACUAAACGGGGUGUGAGAUAUGUUAUGGCAGCUACUUGGCUGAUUGGCUUUUUAGUGGCUACGCCGCUUGCAGUAUUUAGGAUUUAUAAAGAGCGACAAUGGAAGAACGUGUUAGAAACAUAUUGCAAAGAAGACCGCACGUUUCUUCCCAUAUAUUGGCAUGUUAUCAUUGCAGCUCUUGUUUGGCUACCAUUAGGCGUCAUGCUCAUCUGUUACGUGGCUAUUUUUCUUAAGUUAGAUCGCUAUGAAUCGAUGGUACUUCGAAGAGAGCAUCCUAUAACCGUGAGGCAUAAAACCCGCGUGGCAAAGAUGUUGUUCAUUGUGGUCAUAGUUUUUGAUUUGCCAUUUCCUUUUACAGCUCUCGUAUUUUAUAGAAGCCAAAAAUUAAAAAGUGACUCUCAAAUGAAUCAGGUGGAUGCAUCGUUUCAAAUUCUUUGGUUUUCAUCGCACUACUUAGUUUUUCUAAACGCUGCUCUUAAUCCCAUUAUUUAUGGCCUAACAAAUGAAAACUUCAGAAAGCGUUCAGACAAUCAGCAUUGUGCAAAUGCUUUUUCAGUGCACCAUCAGAAAAGGAAUAUAAAUUAG